CCCGAGUCAUGAAGUCUAUUUUUGCGAAUUUGUGCCAAAAUCACCAGUCAAACUCCGUUAUUUUGACAAUCCUGUUGAUGUUGUCAUCAAAUUGUAAUAUGCAUGAUGUGAACAUUGCAAUCAUGUGCAUUGUUUUUGAUUAGUCAUGACUAUGUAGUGUUGAUUGCGUAGCCAACCAGUCGGUCAUACUUUGAACCAUGGGAGUCCAGGGGUUAUGGCAGUUACUGCAGUCAACUGGGAGACCAGUCACCUUGGAGUCCCUGGAAGGAAAAGUACUUGCUAUUGAUGUGAGUAUUUGGCUACACAAGUCGACAAAAGGUGUCCGGGGGAAAGACGGCGCAGCGGUUCCAAAUGCCCAUCUCCUUAGCUUGUUCCAUCGUCUCUGCAAACUCUACUUCUACAGGAUCAAGCCGAUAUUCGUGUUCGAUGGGGGAGUACCAGUCCUCAAGAGACAAACCAUCACUGCAAGAAAACAGAAGGCAGACCUCGCCGAUAUCAAGUCGAAGAAAUCAACCGAAAAAAUCCUGGCAAACUUUAUUCAGGGCCAGGCACUGAGAAAGGCUGCUGGAAAAGAACCUGCCGAUAUCACAGCGAUUCUGCCACUGGCUUCGACGUCCGAGCAGGAUCUGUUUCAUCUGCCACCGGUUCCGGAACAGUCGGGGUCAUGUGACGACGAGCCAGAUUCGUCCUGGGAGGAAAGGGUCGAGCAGAGAGAGAUCAUCCAUUCUAGUUUUCAAGACCUUCGAGAGAUAGACGUGACCAGUGAUGACUUCAAGGCAUUGCCCCCCGAGAUCAGACACGAGAUACUGACAGAAUUGAAAGAAACUCGGAAACAAAGUCAUCGGAGCGGUGCACAGGACCUCCCGCAGGAUUCCAGUGAUUUCUCAAAUUUCCAAAUGUCGCGCAUUAUCAAAAAGAGCAAACUGACCAAUGAUAUCGAACACGCCAGGAAGGAAAUGAACGCUCGUAGUAUAGAGGGCGUUGCUGAUACGCUCCCUGGGAGUCAGGAAAUUGAAUCUCGGCGAAUUAUGUCGCGGGAUGCGUCGCAUGUCAUAUUUUUGAAGGGUGUGAAAAACAACAUUGCAGCAAGUCCGAAGAAAAGUUGCGCCCCGGUGAAACUGCCGGCAAAAAGGGUUGCAAGGACAUGUACUUCUUCAAAGGUCUUUGAAUUAAUUUCAGUUGAUUCCCAACCGAAUUUUGCAGCUGAUACUUCCACUGUUAAGAGUGUCAAGUCAGCUGAACAAAGGGUGCCACUACCUGAAGGUCAAGGUCACGACACUGAAAAAGCUCAAGGCCAGGCUAGUAAAAAGACAUCUCCAUCAAUAGAAGUUCAGGGCCAGCAUAGUGAAAGAUCAUCUGCUUCCACAAAAGUUCAAGGCCAGGACAGUGACAAACCUUCUGCUUCCACUGAAGUUCAAGGUGAAGACUGUGAAAAAAUGUCUGCUCCAGCAGAAGGUCAAGGCCAAGACAGUCAACCAUCAUCUGCUUCAGCAGAAGGACAAGGCCAGGGCAAUAAAAAGCUGUCUGCUGCAGCAGAAGUGGUGGAAUUAGAUGACAGUGGUUCAGAUGUUGAGUUCAUAGGCCAGGAGGGGAUGACCCUCAAAGAUGUAAGAUAUCGCAAACACGUCCAUAUACGAACCAAGAGUGGAAAAUUAAUAAAUUGCCAGCUUGUUCCCCCUUGUAACAACAGGUCACCACAAGGUGGAAAAAGCAGUGAUGCUCCGAAAAGAAUUGUCACCAGGGUUGGCGGGUCCGUGGAAAGUGAAUCUGGGGAAUCGGACAUUGAAGUAAUGGACGUGACACAAAAGCUUCCAUCUGAAGUAUCACCACCUUCUCAGCGGCGUGUGUCAGUUCCGCUAAAUUCUGAUACGCUGCGUUAUUUGGAUGACAAAUAUGUUCGCACGCCGCUUGAAUCGAAUCAAAGAACGGAUGAAGUUGGUGGCGCGGUUCGGACUGGUCCCUCAAAGAGGACGGUUGACAUGACUGGUUCUUCGUCCGAUAGUGAUAUUGAAGUUGUCAGUCAGGUUUGUACGCCGAUAAAAUCUGUCCAGGGCCCAACGCAGUUACAAGCAGGCUCUGUACACACUUGUAAUCACCCCGGUUGUGUUAAAAAAAGACUUGAAAGAAGCUGUGUGACGUUGGACUCAGAUGAUUCAGAUUUGGAGGAAAUAGCAAAUCCACGAGACCUAUCGGAUCCGAGUACGAAGAGUGUAGCUUGUGGUCAAACUCGAAAUAAAGGUGGCGCUUGGAUUAGGCCUAAUUUGAACACUGGAAGGUCUUAUAAUGUUAGCGGCACGAAUUCAGGGAAGAAUGGUUUGGUGACAAAAAAAGUUACGGAGUCGGCAGUACAAGUCAUCCGCGAUAUCAGUGAUGACGAUGACACUAAUGAGUCUGGUGAUUCGGAUUCUGAUGAAGUUGACAGGGAUGCUGAUUCGAUAAAAGAGAGAAGUCUGUCUGUUGCUGUCAUCUCAGACUCCAGUGAUGAAGCGGAAACUGAUGAGGAUGAUGAUUUCAUUGUGGUUGAGCCAAACAUCAACAGCCUCCCUUCAGACGAACCAAGUACCACAAAAAGGCCAACCGUACUGCCUGAUUCAACAGUUGCUAUGGCAACAGAUGCAGUUACCAUAGCAACCGACGAGGGUUCCACGGCAACUGAGCUUGUCGAUGAUGCAGUUGAAGAGACGGUUAAUCUUGGGAGCCAGAUAGAAAAUUUGACGAAAGACGAUGUUGAUGAUAUCUUGGAAAGUCUUGCUGUGACAAAGCAGAGUCUGCUGAAAGAACGAGCUAAGCAUGAAAUGAUGGCAAGGACGAUUACGGAACAGAUGUACAGCGAGGCGCAGGGAUUGCUGACGUUGUUCGGGGCACCCUAUGUCCUAAGUCCAAUGGAAGCUGAAGCACAGUGUGCCUAUCUGGACUUGACUGACCAAUGUGACGGCAGCAUCACCGAGGACAGCGACACCUGGCUGUUUGGCGGAAAGACGGUCUACAAGAACUUCUUCAAUCAGGACAGGCUGGUGGAGUGCUACAGAUUGGAGGCGAUCAAACAGAAAUUAGGCCUUGACCGGGAGAAGUUGAUCAACAUAGCGCUGAUGUGUGGUUGUGAUUACACGGAAGGGAUUCAGGGAGUCGGCCCGGUCACUGCCGUGGAAAUCAUGGCCGAGUUUCCUGGCGAUGGAUAUGAAGGGCUCAAAAAGUUCAAAGAAUGGUGGGAUGAAGCACAAAAGCAAGUCAUCAUUCCCAGCGAGACGAAAAUCAAGUCAAAAUUACGCCACCUCGAGAUCAAAUCCGGGUUUCCCAGCGCAGCAGUUGUUGACGCCUUCCUUAAUCCGGCCAUUGAUGCAUCCGUUGAGACGUUUACCUGGGGUCGACCUGACCUUGACCUUUUGAGAGAUUUCGCUACGAGGAAGUUUGGAUGGACGAGGACAAAAACAGAUGAGUUGCUGCUGCCUGUGAUUAAAAAGAUGAACGCAGGAACGAUACAACAGACAAUCACAAAGUUCUUCAAGCCGACGUUUCUCGAAACUGGAACGAGAAACGUCAAGAGUAAACGGUUGAAACGGGCGCUGAAUCGUGUUGCUGGACCACCAGCAGGUGGCGCCAGUGAGCCAGAGAAGCAGACGCCUGACCAGGCGAGAUUGAAGAAGGCUGUUGCGAAGGCGACGCAGGUUUUGCAACGGGACGCUGCCCAGGUGAAGAAGGGGCGAAAACGGAAAGGGAAGGUUGCUGCUGUGUCAGAAGGUGACCUGGAGGAGACGGAGCAUGGGAUUGCUGCUGAGGAUGGUGGAGACGGGGCUCCCAGGAGGAAGCGUGGAGUUGGAAAACCGAGGGGAAAAGCUGCUGGACUAAAAAGUGCUGAGCCAGAUUCUGUGGCUGAAAGUACCAUGGCAAGUUUGGACUCUGAAAUAGUCCCGGCUGAAGGUGGUAAUGUUAAAAAUACGAGGGGUGGUGGGAAUAGGAAGAAAUUGGCACCCAAUAAGGAGGGGUCAGUUGUUGAGGGAGAUGGGUUUUUGAUUGCGGGUGCUGAUUUGGAUAAGUCAGAUGAUAAGGAUCUGGAUUUUGCCCUGGGGCACUUGAGUGAAGGGCAUGAUAGUUCUGAGGGUGAGGGGCCAGUUUUGGCACCUAAGAGAGGCAGAGGUGGCAAAAGGGGUGCCAGGGGGAAAGGUAGGGGCAGGGGAGGGCAAAAGGCUGAUGAUGUUGGGGGAAGUACUGUUGCAUUGGAUGGCAGUGAGUCCUUGGCAGGGGAGGUGGGUAAGGGGAAAGUUGCUAGAGGGAGGGGUAGGGGAGGUAGGUUAACUAGAGCGAAAAAGACUGAUGCUGUGGCAGAGCGUGCUGUCUCAUUUGAAAACAGGAAUUCCUUGUUGGGGGAGGUGGGCUGUGGAAAAGGAGCUCGAGGUAGGGGCAGGGGAAGAGGGCGAGGUGUUCAAAGGGGUGGACGUGGGAAGAACGCUGCCUUGUUGAGACCCAAGCCAAAUGUUUCCCUGAUAAGAGAUGAAGUUAACUUGUCCGAUGAAAGUUUGGACGAAUUUGGCUCGGAUAUGGAUGAUGAUAUCCUCAGCCAGGCCCUUGAUGCAGUCGAGCAAGGAGAAUUACAGCCUGGGGCUCCAGAAUCCCAAACCAAGGAUGCUGGAUUUCUCGAGGAUAGAGAACCUAGCACUUAUUUCACUGAAGCUAAGAAGGCAGCUAAGAGGCAGCGGGUACAGGGUAAGGAAGAUGGAGAGGCUGGAGUUGUAUCUGAAGAGGGGGGACCGUCUGCCAAGGGUAAAAAGGGAAAAGGGCCAGGAAAAAAGGGUAUUAGGGGUGGGAAAAUCAAGGCUGGUAGAGGCAGGGGGGCCAAGAAGUAACUGUUUCGUAGUGCAGCCUGUAUUAAUCACUUUUCUUAUCGUGGCAAUGUCAACAUGGUCAAUGAAAUUGUAUGGUGUCGUGGAUCAUAUUUAAUAAUGAUAAUGUCUUGUUAUUUAUGGAGCGUUACUCAGAAAGAUAUAGCUGAUUUCUCACAUUUAAUGGGUGAUAUGAAUAAAGACUAGUAAAUGAUUUUACUUCUGUUUUGUACAGAAAGGCCUAGUGUAAAUGUACAUGGGGUUUUCAGUAAAAGCAAUUGCUAGUCUUUAUUCAUAUCACCCAAUGUCCUUUAAAGCAAUUAAGAGGCUUAUCUGAAUCGUCAAUCAGAGUUCCAAAUGCAUCAAUGCAAAUGUAUGUUUACAUAUUUGUAUAAUAUAUUCCUGUACCAAACAAAACAUCUGCUGUAUUUUGAUGUGUCUUCAACAUGUAUGAUGAAAUCACACAAAAUUGCCAGCUGUUUUUUAUUUUGAAUGAAUUAGUUUGUGGCAGCACUGCAUGGAAUAAUUUUUUUCUCGUGAAGCUGUCAAAUUGUAAAAAUUCUGAAAUGAUUUGCUUAUUACAAUACAUUGGAUUGAAAAAUUUUUGACGGGUGUAGAAAAUUUGUUGUAAAUAACAAUUGUAUAUACGAAACAAAAUGACUUUGUGCAGUUCUUGUGUAGCUGUAUUGAUGGCAUUUCGUAGUAACGGUACCGUUUUAUUUCUGGUAAAUGUAUUUAAUUGUGUUGAGUCUCUAUUAACUGUUUGCUGAUGUGCUCGAGUGAAGGUUUUUGAACUUGAAACAACCAAUUCUAGCUUUGACUGCUUCAAUAUUUUUGUACAAAGCCAAGCAGCAUUUGAAAGUGUUUAGUUUCAAAUUCAAGGUCUUACUCAGUUUGUAUGCAUGGAUUUUCAUUUUGGGUAUAGUUUUGAUAUGACUUUUAGUGGAGUUCAGGUGAA